CCAGAAACGAUUAACACACACUACAUCGCCUAUAUAAAAUAUUAGAAGGAAAGAAAACUGGGUGCGUGAGUGAAUUAAUUACUUCGUUAGUUAGUUAUUGUGUUCAUUCACUUGGCGCGCAACCAAAUUCAAUGGCGCCAGCUUCUGUGCUUCCCAAUUUGAAAUGGUUGCCACUGAAUUCCAAAUUCAAUAUCAAGAGCCAACUCCAAACAAGCAACAUUGACGUUGACACGGUUAAGCUUCCCGAGAAAACCCGCAACUCGAGAGUCUUGAUCCUUGGUGGAACGGGUCGGGUCGGUGGAUCCACCGCCAUUGCCCUCUCCAACCUCUGCCCUGACCUCCGCAUUGUCGUCGCCGGUCGAAACAGGGAGAGAGGUGAAGCUAUGGUUGCAAAACUGGGGGGCAAUUCUGGUUUUUCUCAGGUUGAUAUGAAUGAUGAAAAUUCACUCCAAAAUGCUCUUCAAGAGGUGGAUCUUGUGGUUCAUGCGGCGGGGCCGUUCCAAAAAGAAGAAAAAUGCAGCGUGCUUGAAGCAGCCAUAAACACCAAGACGGCAUAUGUUGAUAUCUGCGAUGACACAAAGUAUGCGUGGCGUGCUAAGUCCUUUAUGAGAAGAGCAUUAGGCGCUAAUGUUCCAGCCAUAACUACCGGAGGAUUAUGCCCCGGACUCAGCACAGUCAUGGCGGCAGAGUUAGUCCGCGCUGCACUAAGUGAAAGUGAUCAAGAUAAGCCAGAAAGCCUAAGGUUCUCCUACUAUAUAUCUGGAACUGGUGGUGCUGGUCCAGCCGUGUUGCUUGGUAGCCUCUUCUUGUUGGGGGAGGAAGUAGUUGCAUAUAGCAAAGGAAUUUACCAGAGGUUAGAUGUGCUUAUGAGAAUCUAGGAGUGCCAACUGUUAGUGCUCGAUUUGGAUCAGCACCAUUUUUCUGGAAUUGGGGAAUGGAAAAUUUGACCAAAGUUCUUCCUUUGGAAUUUCUGAGAGACAGGAGUAAAGUGGGAAGGUUGGUUGAAUUAUUUGGUCCUUUAAUUGAAGCAGUUGAUGGGAUUGUCGGGGAACAUAUAUCAAUGAGGGUUGAUUUGGAGUGUGCAAGUGACCGCAGCAGGGUUGCCAUCUUCAGUCACAGGAAACUUUCCACAGCUGCAGGAAUUGCAACAGCAGCAUUUGCACUUGCGAUUCUAGAAGGAAGCACAGAGCCUGGUGUUUGGUUUCCUGAUGAGGUUCAAGGACUUGCAAUUGAGGCCAGAGAAGUUCUUCUCAAGCGUGCUAGCCAGGGUACAUUUAACUUUGUAAUGAACAGAUCACCAUGGACGAUUGAAACAAAUCCAAAGGAGCACGGAUUAGGAAUAUAUGUAUGAGCUGGGAUCCAAACGUGAAAUUCAGUAAAAUUAUUUUGUUGUACUGAUAGGUGUACAAUGUAAUCGCUUAUCAAAGGUGUACAAUGUAAUGAAUGUAUAGUCCAUGAGAGAUGAUUAAUGGAAAAGAAGCUAUAACUUUCUUAUGUUAUACGGAACUAAGAUGUUGAUUUGACCAUGUUUAUGUUAAAAUAAAUAAAUUAAUUAAAUAAAAAGAAUUACAUGUUCCUGAAACAAUUAUGGAUGUCCCAAAAAAAACCAAUGAUUUCAAAAAUUACUUUGUUAGCAAAAUUGCAACUGGUGGUUUCAUAAGUCGUAAUUACAACCUUAGAAGUGGUAUUACAAUCUGAUUUCAUCUGUACAUCUCAGUAUAGACUUUCUGACAAGUGUGUCUAUAAAAUUUACAUCUGCAAAACCAACAAAAAAAUCAGACCUCAAUCAUAAAAGCAAAAUUUCAAUCUUGGCCAAGCUUAAUUACCGAAACCUACCUCUAAGUAAUGGUCAGCCAUAAAAAAAAA